AUGUUCCAGAGAAUCCGAGGGGCCAUCGACCGCACCAUUGCCGAGGAGCAGGCCCGCCAAAAGUCCUCCGCCGACAGCGCGACGCCCUCGCGGUCCGGCUCGACUUCGUCCCGCAGGAGCGACGCCAACGCGUCCGGCAGGCGGCAUCGCGCCAACAAGCCCUCGGCCGAUGCGGCCGACGCCGGCGCCGGCGCAACCAACCCCGACCCGGCCGUCUUCGAGGCAGCCUUUGUCAUUGACGACAGCGACGUCCCAAGCCGCUCGGAGACCCCCGCUCCUCCUCCGCCGCCUCCCGAGAAGGACGGGCCCCAAAGUAACGGAUCGUCGGCGCAGAGAGAGCCCGCCGGGCAGGAAAACGCCCAACUGGGAAACAGUCCGGCCAAGGACAAGGAGGAUGGAGACGACAAGGCCACGUCGGCGGGUGGCAGGGCGCCAGCUGCUGCGCCCUCCCCCCCUGAGCUGAGCCCUGAAAUCAGACAGAGGCUGAGAAAGCUGGAGAAGCUGGAGGCUACGUAUCCGGAACUCUUACGGUCGUAUCGAGUCGCUCAUAAGCGCGCAACCGCCAUCGAACCGUUCGAAAAGGCCCUCCGCGAACAUACCCCUCUAACCUCCAUCAGCGACCCGGAUGCCCUCGUCGAGUAUCUCAACCAGCUGAAUCUGCGAGGCGACAUGGUCAUGGACGAGCUGAAGAAGGUUUCGGCCGACAAGGCCGACUUGAAGAGGAAGCAUGCCGAGGCGGAAGAAAAAUGGAAGGGAGCAAAGGAGGAGCUGGAUGCGCUGAGAGCUGCCAGGCCUCCUGAAUCGACAGCCAUGGCAGAACCGGCCAGCGGGCGGACGUCGAUUGAGCCGGCGGUUCGCGCUAGCACCAGCACCGCACCGGAAAAGGCCAAGUCGCCCGUUGCAGCCGUCAUUGGUAUGUUCUCUCCCAGGCUAAAGGCCCAAAACGAAGACAUCAAGGGCCAGCCGGCCAGCGAGGACUUUUUUUCGUACGACCAAGAGGUGCCUCAGUUACAGGCCGAACUCUCGCUCAAAGCGCAAGAGAUACAGCAGCUCAAGAGCAGAAUCGAGGACCUGCAGCAGGAGCUCUCCGUCGCGAAAGAAAACAGCGCUGGGUUGGCGGAAAACUUGGAAAGGACGUCGCGGGAGUUGAGCGAGUCUCGCGAUGCCGCAGGCUCCCAGGACUCCCUGCAAGCGCAGCUCGACGAGCGAAACAACCGAAUCAAGUCGCUGACGGGGGAACUCAGUGCCGCGCAGUCGCAGCUUCAAUCUAUGCAAGACCGGAUGGAAAGGGAUGGGGAAAACCAUGCAUCACGCGUCGAGGAGAUGGAGGCUUCCCUGGCCAAAUCUGACAAGAAGGCGCUGGAAUUAGACGCAGAGCUGGCCAAGGCCAACAAUGCCAAGGCCGCGUCCAAAAAAAUUGCCGACAACCUUGUUACACAAAUAGCAGUGCUCGAAAAGGAAAAAUCGGAAAGCUUGGCGAGAAUCGGGGAGCUCGCCAACAAGAUUGACUCGGCGCCUUCCGCAGCGGCAGCUGCCGCCACCACCACCACGACGUCUGGCCUGGCCGCCGCAGCGACGACGGGAUCCUCCAAGAAGAAGAAUAACAAAAAGAAGAAGGGCAAGGGUGGCUCGACAGCGGCGGCCACUCCGGCGGCAGCUAAAGAGGAAGACGCAAGCAAAGAAGGCUCAGCCGAGGCCGAAACCGUCGCCAAGCUCAGGGCCGAGGUGGAAGCAAAGGACAGGGAAAUCGAAAGGCUGUCCAAAAAGCGCAAGACGGAGGAGGACUUGAGGGAGGAAGUCGAAAACUUGCAAGAAAACCUGCUGAGCAUUGGACAAGACCACGUCGAGGCCAAGGAUAGGAUCAAGGAGCUGGAGGCGAAAAAGACCCAACUCCAAGAGCGGAUUGCCGAGCUGCAAGGCGAGAUUGGCGCCUCUGCGUCCAACGCGACGGAAAACACGAGGGCCAAGGACGAAUUCGACGCUCUGCAAAGGGACCACGACGACUUGAGGGCCAAAUUUGCCGCGCUGCAACAUGACCUCGGUGCAGCUCAGCAGCUCGCGCACACGCGGUUCAAGGACCUAAGCGAACUACGCGAGUACUUGCAAAAAGUACAGCCGGAGCUUCAGAGGCUGCUGCAAGAGUCGGCGGAACUCGAGAAGACCAAGGAAGAGCUGGCGACCAAGGUCAAGGAGCUCAGGGGGGUAGAGAAGAGGGAGUCUGACUUGAGGCGCGACGUCGGCAAAGCUCAGCAACUGGCGUCGGAGCGGGAGAGGGAGAUGAAGAAGCUGCAGGAAAAGCUCAAGUCGGAAGGCAUCAGCAGGCAAAAGGCGGAAGAGGGAAGGCGCACGGCCGAGAGAGACUUGAGACGGGUCGAGGCAGACAAGAUUGAGCUGAGCGCCAAGGCGGAAAAGGGGGAGCGCGAGCUGGCAAGGACGCAAGACGAGCUCCACAAACUACGGGGCCGGGUGCAAGAGCUGGAGGAGCAAGCGCACCGGCUCCGGAGGGAGAAGGCGGCGGCGGCGGAGGAGGCCGAGUUCAAGACGCAGCAGUACGCCACGGCGCAGGGCUUGCUGAGCAGCAUGCGGGACCAGGCGACGGAGAUGGCGGUCCAGCUCAAGGAGGCCCAGUCGCAGGCGGAGUCGCUGGAGGAGGAGCUGUCGGAGGUGCAGCAGCUGCUGCAGGAGCGGACGCGGGAGGGCGAGACGAUGCGGCGCCUGCUGGCGGACGUGGACGAGCGGGCGGACAGCAAGGUGCGGGAGAUGCGGGGCCGGAUGGAGGCGGCCGUGGAGGAGCGCGAGCGGGCGGAGGACGAGUCGAGCGCGCUGGCGAGGCGCAAGGCGCGCGAGUCGGAGGAGCUCAAGCGCCGGAUCCGCGAGCUGGAGCGGGAGGCGCAGGCGCUGGGGCGCGACCGGGACGAGCUGGAGCAGGGGCAGCGCGAGUGGAAGCGGCGGCGGGAGGAGCUGGAGGCGGCGGAGGCCAAGGCGUGGGCGGAGACGGAGGAGCUGCGGACGGCGGUGUCGCAGCUGCGCGCGGCGCUGGACACGUCGGAGGCGCAGGUGCGGGACGGGGAGAAGCAGCGGGCGCACAUGCGCGCCAUGCUGGACGACGCGAGGGCGCGGCACGACAAGCUGGCCGGGGAGCUGAAGAGCGCGCAGGAGCGGCUGGGGCGGGCGGGCAGCUCGAGCCGCAGCUCGGGCGAGUCGGCGAGGAGCGGCGGCGGCGGCGGCGGCGACACGGCGUAUCUCAAGACGAUACUGCUGCAGUUUCUGGAGCAGCGGGACGGGCGGUUGAGGGCGCAGCUGGUUCCGGUGCUGGGCAAGCUGCUCAAGUUUGACAAGACCGACGAGCAAAAGUGGGCCCAGGCCGUGCAGCACAUCUAG